AUGGGCACUUUGCGGGAUUUACAAUACGCGCUGCAGGAGAAAAUCGAGGAGCUGAGGCAGCGGGAUGCUCUCAUAGACGAGCUGGAGCUGGAGUUGGAUCAGAAGGACGAACUGAUCCAGAAACUACAAAACGAGCUGGACAAGUACCGCUCGGUGAUCCGGCCCGCCACCCAGCAGGCGCAGCAGCAAACCUCCAGCACCCUGCAGGGGGAACACAGGACCAAGAGGCAGGCAAUUUCAGCCGAGCCCACCGCAUUUGACAUCCAGGAUCUCAGCCAUGUCACCCUUCCCUUCUACCCCAAGAGCCCACAGUCCAAGGAUCUAAUAAAGGAGGCAAUCCUUGACAAUGACUUCAUGAAGAAUCUAGAACUAUCUCAGAUCCAGGAGAUUGUGGAUUGUAUGUAUCCAGUGGAAUAUGGCAAAGACAGUUGCAUCAUCAAAGAAGGAGAUGUGGGUUCACUGGUGUAUGUCAUGGAAGAUGGAAAGGUUGAAGUGACAAAAGAAGGUGUGAAACUGUGUACCAUGGGACCUGGCAAAGUAUUUGGGGAGCUAGCCAUCCUUUACAAUUGCACCCGGACAGCAACCGUCAAAACUCUCGUAAAUGUGAAACUUUGGGCUAUUGAUCGGCAAUGUUUUCAAACAAUAAUGAUGAGGACAGGCCUCAUCAAGCAUACUGAGUAUAUGGAAUUUUUAAAAAGUGUUCCAACAUUCCAGAGUCUUCCUGAAGAGAUACUCAGUAAGCUUGCUGAUGUCCUAGAAGAGACACACUAUGAAAAUGGAGAGUACAUUAUCAGGCAAGGGGCUCGAGGGGACACUUUCUUUAUAAUCAGCAAAGGAAAGGUAAAUGUUACUCGUGAAGAUUCACCUAGCGAAGAGCCAAUCUUUCUCCGCACUUUAGGGAAAGGAGAUUGGUUUGGAGAAAAAGCACUUCAGGGGGAAGAUGUCAGAACAGCCAAUGUCAUUGCUGCCGAAGCAGUAACUUGUCUUGUCAUAGACCGAGACUCUUUCAAACAUUUGAUUGGAGGUCUGGAUGAUGUUUCCAAUAAGGCCUAUGAAGAUGCAGAAGCAAAAGCAAAAUAUGAAGCCGAAGCUGCCUUCUUCGCCAACCUGAAACUGUCUGAUUUCAACAUCAUUGACACUCUUGGAGUUGGAGGUUUUGGACGAGUUGAACUGGUCCAGUUGAAAAGUGAAGAAUCCAAAACAUUUGCAAUGAAGAUACUGAAGAAACGUCACAUAGUGGACACAAGACAGCAGGAGCACAUACGCUCAGAGAAGCAGAUAAUGCAGGGGGCUCACUCAGACUUCAUUGUGAGACUAUACAGGACAUUCAAGGACAGCAAAUAUUUAUACAUGUUGAUGGAAGCCUGUCUAGGUGGAGAGCUUUGGACAAUUCUCAGGGACAGAGGUUCAUUUGAAGAUUCUACGACCAGAUUUUAUACAGCAUGUGUGGUGGAAGCUUUUGCCUAUCUGCAUUCCAAAGGAAUAAUUUAUAGGGACCUCAAGCCAGAAAACCUCAUUCUAGAUCACCGAGGUUAUGCCAAACUGGUCGAUUUUGGAUUUGCAAAGAAAAUAGGAUUUGGAAAAAAAACAUGGACUUUUUGUGGAACUCCAGAGUAUGUAGCCCCAGAGAUCAUCCUGAACAAAGGUCAUGACAUUUCAGCAGACUACUGGUCACUGGGAAUCUUAAUGUAUGAACUCUUGACUGGCAGUCCACCUUUCUCAGGCCCAGAUCCCAUGAAGACCUAUAACAUCAUAUUAAGGGGGAUUGACAUGAUUGAAUUUCCAAAGAAGAUUGCCAAAAAUGCUGCUAAUUUAAUUAAAAAACUAUGCAGGGACAAUCCAUCAGAAAGAUUAGGGAACUUGAAAAAUGGAGUAAAAGAUAUCCAGAAGCACAAAUGGUUUGAGGGCUUUAACUGGGAAGGGUUAAGAAAAGGUACAUUGACACCUCCUAUAGUACCAAGUGUUGCAUCUCCGACGGACACAAGCAAUUUCGACAGUUUCCCUGAGGACAAUGAUGAACCGCCACCUGAUGACAACUCAGGAUGGGAUAUAGACUUCUAA